GGCCUCUAGUGUCUUGGUCACCAAGACAAGAUUCCUUCUAAAACCAGGCUCCCUGAAACCAUAAUGGCACACCAAACUGUUGUUUCAUCUUCAAAAUUGACUUGUUUUUUUAUGUUUGUAUUUUCCCUCUGUUUUGCAACCGCAAAUACCCUGAACAGAGGCUCUUCGCUUUUGGUGAAAAAUGCUCAUUCAGACUUGCUAACUUCCCCAGACAAAUCAUUUACGUGUGGAUUCUAUGGGGUACCGGGUAGAAAUGCCUAUUGGUUCUCCAUAUGGUUCACAAAUUCCAAAGAUAAAACCGUUGUUUGGAUGGCUAUCAGAGACAGACCCGUUGGCCUGGAAUCCAGAGUUUCGUUGCGUCGAGAUGGCUCCAUGGUCUUGAUUAAUCAUGUGGAUUUCAGUCAUUUCACAACCAUAAUCUGGGAGACCAGCACCGGCUCCACUGGUGUUGACAGAGCGGAGCUUCUGAAUUCUGGCAGCCUUGUUCUGAAAGACCCAAAUGGUACAAUUCUGUGGCAAAGCUUUGAUUUUCCCACUGAUACUCUCCUCCCAAACCAACCAUUUACAAAAAGCAGCACUCUGGUAUCGAAUUUAGGAAGAGGGAAUUUUGGUGCUGGAUAUUUCAAUUUCUAUUUUGAUAAUGAUAAUGUUUUGAAGUUGAUGUAUGAUGGUCCUGACAUUUCAAGCUUGUAUUGGCCCGACCCUGGUUAUAGUGUGUCUGAGAAUGGUAGAUAUUCUGUCAAUAGUAGUAGAAUUGCUGUUUUAGAUGAACUUGGUAGUUUUUCUUCUAGUGAUGAACUGCAGUUCAGUGCUAUCGACAUGGGUUCGAGAGUGAAAAGGCGGUUGACAAUGGAUUAUGAUGGAAAUCUAAGACUUUAUAGUCUUAAUAGCUCAACGGGAUUGUGGGUGAUCACAUGGCAAGCUAUGGCGAAGCCUUGUAAGGUUCAUGGAAUUUGUGGGAGAAAUGGGAUUUGCAUUUAUACUCCAGCACCCAAGUGUUCAUGUCCUCCUGGCUAUGAAGCAGUCGAUGCAAGUAACUUGAACUUGGGCUGCAAGCCUAAAUUCAAGCGUACAUGCUCGAAGUCCCAAGAGGAGAAAUUCGUGCAGAUUCCGCAAGUAAAUUUCUAUGGAUCUGAUCUCAAUUUUAGUGAAGCAGUUUCAAUUGAUGAUUGCAGACAGCUCUGCUUGGGGGAUUGCCGGUGUGAGGCAUUUAGCUAUUGGCUAAAUGGGGAAGGGAGGUGUUACACCAAAAGUGUUCUUUUCAAUGGCUACAAGUCUCCGGAUUUUUGGGACACUAUAUACUUGAGAAUGCCUGUGAGUUUCAGUGUGAAUACAUCAAAACCCCAAUAUUCCAAUGCCUCUAUUCCAUGCAAGACCAAUGGUCCUGCAAUGUAUGGCACUACCGGUAAAAGGGUGAGAUGGGUAUAUCUGUAUAGUUUUGCUUUUGCAGUUGGUGCUGUUGAGUUUCUUUUUAUAGUAUCAGGUAGGUGGCUACUUUUCAGAAGACAUGGUAGUGCUGUAACUCCUGUGGAAGUCGGAUAUCGUGUGAUUUCAAGUCAAUUUAGAAGGUUUCGCUUCAAUGAGCUCAAGAAUGCAACCAAAAACUUCCAGGAAGAGCUGGGAAGAGGGGCUUCAGGGUCUGUCUAUAAGGGUGUUCUGGAGGAUGAAAGAGUAGUGGCUGUCAAGAAAUUGGCAGAUAUUCAUCAAGGGGAAGAUGUGUUUUGGGCAGAAGUAAGCACAAUUGGCAAAAUCAAUCACAUGAAUCUAGUGAGAAUUUGGGGAUUUUGCUCGGAAGAUAAGCAGAGACUACUGGUUUCUGAGUUUGUUGAAAAUGGGUCUUUGGACAAGCACUUGUUCACCUCAAAUUUACUUGGAUGGAAAGAGAGGUAUAAAGUUGCACUAGGGAUAGCAAAGGGUUUAGCCUAUCUUCACCAUGAAUGUCUGGAAUGGGUUAUACAUUGUGACGUGAAGCCUGAAAAUAUACUCCUAGACAGUGAUUUUGAGCCAAAGAUUGCAGAUUUUGGGCUAGCAAAGCUAACUCAGAGAGAUAGGCUCAUUUCAAUGUUCUCUCAGAUCCGAGGAACAAAAGGUUAUAUGGCCCCGGAGUGGGCUAUGAACCUUCGAAUUACUGCAAAGGUUGAUGUUUACAGUUAUGGGGUGGUCAUCCUGGAGAUAGUGAAGGGCAUUCGACUUACAAGUUGGGUGCUGGAGGAUAUUGAAGAGGAGCAAGAAGCAGAGCUUACUAAGUUUGUGAGGGAAGCCAAAAGGAAAAUUCAACAAGGGGAAGAGUUGUUGAUAGAGGAUGUUGCUGAUCCAAGACUAGAAGGGCAGUUCAGCAGGAACCAAGCAGCAAAGAUGGUUGAAAUUGGCAUUGCCUGUGUGGAGGAAGAUAGGAGCAAAAGACCAACAAUGGAUUCAGUGGUAAAAAGUUUGCUAGAAUGUGAAGAUGAAUCUUACAUUCAUUCUUCACAUUAGAAGUCAUUAUCAUUUACGCUACAUGUUCUUUCUUUGUUUGUUUUAGCUAUAUUGUGUGAAGAAUAAAUCUCGUAUGUGUUUUUACAUAACUCAUGCUAAAAUUAUUUAUGCUCCGCAGUUCGUGAUACAUGCAAGUAUGCAACAUGGUUCAUAAA